GGAGAGAAAAGGCAAAGUUGCUAUUAACAUGAUGAUUAUUUGCAAGUUAAUCUAACAAAGAUCAAUUGUUGUUGCUCUUUUCUGCUCCGCUUUUUUUUAUUAAUUUAUUAUGAUUAAACAUGAUUGUUAACUGUUUUGCCACCAAACCUAAUCACCAAUCAAACCUGAACACCAACUGCAAGCAAGGCAACCCAAGUAACCCAAGUAAACCGAGUAAACCCAAAACCAAAAAGUUAACCUUUUUUUUUGUCUUCCAUUAAUUUACUUAAUUAUCUCAAGAUUAUCCGUAAAACCUGCGUUCAAUGUUGCACUUGCUCAAAGAACCACAAAAUUGAUUAAAUUUUCUGUUCAUCUCCUAUAAUCUACUCAUCUUCAUCUUCCUCUCUCUCUCACUCUCUCAUAAUUGUCUUCAUAAUCUUCCCAAUUCCUCAUAACCAAAUCUCAGUUGGACCAAAUCGACCAGUUCGACACUCACUAUCUUCCAUCCUCACUGAUCAUCCUCCUUCUCACUCUCAUCUCACUUAUCUUCACCCGAAAACCAUGGAGAUGAUAUUAUCAAGGAAGCUUAUCAUUACUAUCCAUUUACAUCAACGAACCUGAUUCUGUGACCUUAACCGUUUCUAAACUUUUUUUUAACCUUUUUACCAUUUACUCAACCUUUGCUUCAACCUUUGUCAAAACCCAAAUCCCAGUAAAUGUACAUUUAUACCAAUCGACACGCGACAAGUUAACCAACAGCCAACCAUACACCUUGCUAGAUCCGCCAAGUACAACUCAACCAGUGAUCAACACUUUUUACUCGCAAAUCUGUUUACUCUUAAGUGAUCAAAGUGAUUCUUUCAUUGAAUAAUGUUUAACCAUUUCCCUGAAUACUCCAACAAUCAACCGGAUUAAAUGUCAAGUGAAAAUCAGUGACUUUCAUUCAGUGUCUCUCUCCAUUGGAAAAGUUGAUUCUUUUUUUGUUACAAUUUACUUCACUUUUUUUUCCUUCAACUUUACAUGAGUUUUUAAAUUUCCAUUGGCAAAAGUAAAUCAAAAUUUCGCUCUCAACUUUAACCACAUUUUCAUCCUUUUCAUCCUCAUCUUCAUCUUCAUUCACCCAUCAGCCAACCUCAUCACACAACUCACUUUCACCAAGAUGACUACAAAUUGUCUGUUAACAACAAUUAAAUCACAAAACCUGAUCAUCAUCAGUAAACAUUCCUCUUCUUUGAUUAAAUUUUUUUUAUUAUGGCUAAUUGUCACAAUACAACUGUGUGAUGCCAUCAAAUGGCUGGCUCUGUUGCAAAGUUCAUCGUCUAUGACAACAAUUAAUUCAGUGGACAUUUGUGAAGCAUUUAAAGGUUUAACCAAAAAACAGAUUCAAAUAUGUAAGCGAAAUGUUGAUCUGAUGGAAUCAGUUGAAACGGCACUCAAAGAAUGCCAGCGACAGUUGCGUGAUCGUCGUUGGAACUGUUCAUCACUCGAAGGUUCAAAAGCAUUUGGCAAAAGUUUAACCGAAGGAACUCGAGAAUCAGCUUUUGUUCAUGCAAUUACAUCAGCAGGAGUCUCGUAUGCUGUGACAAAAGCCUGUAGUUCAGGCACUUUAUUGCGCUGUGGCUGUGAUAGAACCUUUUUUGGACCUGCAAAUGGAUUCCAUUGGGCAGGUUGUUCUGAUAAUAUUGCAUUUGGAACAGCAUUUUCCAAGACCUUUAUCGAUGCCCGUGACUUACGGACAACUCGUUCUAAGCGUAACACGAUGGUUGGUGCUCGAGCUCUAAUGAAUUUACACAACAAUGAAGCUGGACGAAAGGUUGUCCUGAACAACAUGAGAAUCGAUUGUAAAUGUCAUGGAGUUUCAGGUUCGUGUGACAUGAAAACUUGCUGGCGAGUUUUACCCUCAUUCAAACAAGUUGGUCUCAUUUUGAGGCAAAAAUUUGACUCAGCAACUGAAGUUCAUAUACAAACCUUACUCAAUGCUCUUCAACCUUCACCGACAAUCCAAAAAAUUGAUGCACAACCCGAAAUUAGAGCCAAAAAGUCUUCACAUAAAAAGAGAUCUCGUAAAAUUAAAUUAUCAAAUCGUCAAAAUGGUUCCGGAUACAAGCCACCAAGUGAUUCGGAUCUUGUUUACCUUCACUCAUCGCCAGACUAUUGUGAAAGGGAUGAAAAAUCAGGUUCCCCUGGAACCCAUGAUAGAUUUUGUAAUGGAACCUCUAAGGGUGCUGAUGGUUGUGAUAUACUUUGUUGUAAUAGAGGUUUUACUCGACGAUUUGAGACUGUUAAGGAAAAAUGUAAUUGUAAAUUCUUUUGGUGUUGUCAAGUUGAAUGUGACGAAUGUACUCAUCAGAUUGAGAUCAACACUUGCUUGUGAAUUGUUGAGUCAACAAAUUCUAGCAACGACAAGAGUUCUUAAAAGAAAACAAAGUUCAAGCAAAAAAGCCCAAGUUAAAGCCAAACCAGGCCUAACACAGCAAGAAAUCAAAGGGAAAUAAAGUUUUUAGAGGAAAAGGCAAAAUGGAAUCAAACAAUCAUCAAUUUCAUCAACUUGAAUUACUCUUUUUCUUUGGAUUUACACUAAAUUUCUGGUUGUGUUUGGUUCCUUUCAAUCAACCUACACACAGAUAAAUACAUCAUCAUCCAAUAAAUUAUAAUAAAUCAGUCACACAAAAUUUGAAUAACCAUCGAGUAGGCUGAUUAUGGCUAUAAUAUCUUUACCAUUUACUUAUUCCUGAUCUAUUCCCUAUUCAGAAGGAUGAAUCAGUGGAUAAUUUGUGUGGUUUAAUCUUUGAUUUCAAGACGACGAGGAGAUUCAUUUGAUUGAUGAUUAUAGCCAUCGGUUGAUGCUGUUGAUGAGGACGAUGAUAAUGAUUGUGAUGAUCAAAGAGAAAACUGAAAGUUUCUUUUAGCUGAAUUUGUCAGCUAUUUUAUUGAUACAACAAGAUUACACUAAAGUUAAGGAUAUUUGAAUUGAUUGUCAGAUGGUGACAAAAAUAGGAAUUGUUUGAUUUUGACGGUGAUAAUUAUUAUCAAUUUCAAUUCCUCUUUCCUGUGCAUUUAUUAAACACUCUGGGAUAUUGUUGCUAUUGCUAUUAUUAUUUUGAUAAUUUAAUUCUGCUCGCCUUUUCAGUUGUUCAAUUUCUUGUCUCAACCAACUUUACAAUUGAAACAACAAUCACGAUCAUGUUGUUGAUGGACACAUAAUGAUGGUAAUAAUAAUAAUCAAAGUUUCUCUUCAUUUCCUUCAAUUCCAAUGGCAAUCAAUGUUUAUCAAUCACAAUCAAUAUAAAUUUCAAUUAUUGGUUUACAGCCAAUUGAGAGGCAACCUCAAUUAGGAAGGAAAUUAAUUAAAACGCUUUCAGAUAAUCAAUUGGUCCAAAUAACAUCAACACCAACAGCAAUACAAACAGGUACCUUAAUGAUAAUGGAUUAUAUACAUUGAAAAAUCCUCAACAAUCUAAUCAAUCAUCAUGAGCAUAAUCGACAUCGACAUACUUUCUGAAAAUUGUACAUUGCUUUUCCCCCCUGAGAUGAAACAAUUUUACUAGGAAUCAUCAAUCUGUGUAUAACUUUCCUAAUAAAGUUCAAACCAUUUGGCUUAGCAAAAUGAUAAAUACAAUAACGAUAGAUGAAAAAUUCAAUUGACUCUGAAUUUGACAGUUAAAUUGAAUACUUCUGUAUUUCUUUACACAAUACACUGAUAUUGAUAUGAAUCACUUUAUAUCAAUAUCACAGUCACAAUUAAAAAUAAGAUGUAAAUUUGAUUAUUAUUAGUGUCUUAUAAUUGAUUAUAAAUUAUCAUUCACCGUCA